CCUGUUUUUCUUUGUAAAGCACUCAAGGUGCUAGACCUCUAGCUUUAUAUACAAGUCUUUAUGUUACAUGAAACACCAGAGAUUCUAUGAGUUAACAUUACGUGAGUACUUGAUUCCUACUUACAACUCAAGAAGCAAUCGUAAUACAAGUGAUGAUCAAGCCCUGACCAUGCUGACCUGCUAAAGGGUAUCUGACAACAGACAUGGACUUACUCAAGUCUGCGGCGUGCCAGGAGAUUGAGAAAUACGAGCAAGAUUUAAUCAGCCUCGGCAAAAAAUUAUGGCGGUUGUCUGAGCCAGGUGGAAAGGAGGUGAAGAGCUGCGAAACUAUCGUCAAUUUCUUGGUCAGUCAUGAGUUUUCAGUGACGAAGCAUUACCGCGGUAUGAGCACUGCCUUCAGAGCAGACUUCGGGGAAAAUGAAAUUGGCGGGAAAAAGAGGCCAAACGUCUGCGUGAUAUGCCGCUUCGACGCUCACCGCAAGCUAGGUCACGUGAACGGAAAUAACCUCCAGGCUCUCACCGCAGUAGGCACCGCCAUAGCCAUUAAAUCGAUCAUCAGAACAUCGUCUGCUGAAAUUGGAAAGGUAUGUGUGCUGGGUUGUCCAAACUCUGCCAAGGGUUGGCUCAUCAAAAUGUUGAACAGGAAAGCCUUCAAGGACAUUGACGUUGUCCUGUCUGCCAUGCCCGGGGAUAGGACAGAGUGGGACCCUGUGUAUGUCGCUUCAAAAACCUACCGUGCUACAUAUUCUGGUUUAGCAGCCGUUGUGAAGGAAGACAGCUUUGCUCCAGCUAAAAACGCAUUGGACGCUGCCGUGCACGCCUACAGCAACAUGCUGGCAAUGAAAGAACACUUUGGUCCUCACUGGGUGGCUGAAGGGGCCAUCACUCGAGGUGGCCAUGUUGGCGGGAAGGAGCCCAAACAAUGUGAGACAGUGAUCAAGAUCAAAGGUCACACUGACCGCGACCUUGCCCUGCUUGAGCGACGGAUCCUUCCAUGCUUUGACGCCGCGGCUCAGUCCAGCGGAUGCGAGCUAGAACUGGUGCUGGGAGACAAGAGUUACCGAAGUAUGAUCAACAACAAGACGCUUGUCUACCUCAUGCAACUUAAUGCCUACUACUGUGGAGUUUUGGCGACGCCCCUGAAAAAGCACCAAGUCAUGCCCUCAGUGGAUUUGGCCAACGUCAGUCACGUGGUUCCGUCUGUCUGUCCAAUCUAUUUCAUCGGAACCGAUGCAGAGGUUGGGACAGCCGAGUUCAAAUCUGCUGCAAACCAUCAUCAAGCUUACUGCUACUCCAUCAGCAUGGCCAAGACCCUAGCCAUGACUGCCGUAGACUUCCUGGAGACGCCCCUGAUCCAAUUCAACUGCAAGAACGACCUGGAGGAGACCCUGAGGAAGGAGAAAGAUGAGACGACAUUCAUGGUGUUUCCGGUCAACCAGGUCACGGUCUACUCCCUACCGAACGCUAUACCAGUGGACUCCAACACUGGCUGGUCUAAACAAGUCUGAGAUGACCUUCACCAUGGCUAGUCCGACAAGAAGAAGAGGAUCGCAGGAAAAAAAAAUGAUUUUAUAAGAUUUAUGUUUGUAUUGUUAUUUAUUAUUUUACACUGAAACAUUAUUACAUAAUUGGAAAAAUAAAAUGGGAAUGUGUAAAGAAAAAAAA